CUUCGCUUUAUUAGCAAGUCCGGCGUAGGAGCCGGCCUCGGAAAGUGUCCCGAAGUGAAGCUGCGUGCGGUUGGCGGCGCGGAGUUGUCCUGGCUGCGACGGCGCCCCCACCUCCAUGAACGGCGGCUGUGAGUGCUCCAGGGCCAGCAGGAGGGUUGGCGCUGCAUGGCCCCGGGGCUGGAAAUGACUUCUGUCCAGAGCAGGGCCAAAGCAGAGGAGUCGCCUGCGCCGGCCUUCGGCAAACCCGGGGCGGCGGCAGGGGUCGCGGGGGGCGCCAUGGGCGGAGAGGAGGACGGCAACAAGCCCAAGGCGGCUCCGGUUCUGCUGCCUUUUAGCGUCGAGGCGCUCAUGGCCGAUCACAGGAAUCCCAGCGGCUGCGGCGGAGUCAGAGACGGCCUGCUCAGCGGGCCCGACCGGCGAGGGCCCUCGGCCCACCAGAGGACUCUCAGCCCCAGGAUGGGGGUCCCCUCCGCGUCGGCGCCAGAAAGGCCGGCUUCCCCGCUGGCCGUCGCCAGCCAUUUUGCUGUCGGGGGAUUAGUCAAACUGCCCGAAGAGGCGCUUGUCAAAGCCGAAAGCCCCGAGAAGCCGGACCGGACGCCCUGGAUGCAAACCCCCCGCUUCUCCCCGCCUCCUCCAAGGCGCGCCAGUCCCCCGGCCUGCACCCUCCGGAAGCACAAGACCAACCGCAAGCCGCGGACGCCCUUCACGACGGCGCAGCUGCUGGCGCUGGAGAGGAAGUUCCGGCAGAAGCAGUACUUGUCCAUCGCCGAGCGCGCCGAGUUCUCCAGCUCGCUCAGCCUCACGGAGACGCAAGUCAAGAUCUGGUUCCAGAACCGGCGCGCCAAGGCCAAACGCUUGCAGGAGGCCGAGCUGGAGAAGCUCAAGAUGGCAGCCAAGCCCAUGCUGCCGCCCACUGCCUUCGGCAUCUCCUUUCCAUUGGGGGGCCCAGCCGUGGCUGGCGCCUCCUUGUACGCCUCGUCGGGUCCCUUCCAGCGGGCCGGCCUGCCCGUAAGCCCUGUGGGACUCUACGCAGCGCACGUGGGCUACAGCAUGUACCAUCUCACCUAGAACCCUGCAGACGCUCCCGGGAGUCCCUCCAUCCCGAUAGGACCCGUGCGGAGGCAGGGGGUUCCUCACCAGCAUUCCAGGAGGGCAGGCCCGCCAGAUACUUCUGCCCUCUCCUCCCUUGAGCCUGAAGGAUGGAUGGCCGUCCUCCUGGCUCACCCAGGCAAAGCCACUGUCAAAGGACCAGAACACCCCACAGGCUUUGGCUAUCCCUUUGGAAGCGGGAGCCAGACCUAUGGAAGCCCCUGCCCCACUCUAAGGCCAUAAGAACUGCACCCGCUGCUUUCUGCCUCCUGUUCUUCUACCGUGCCCCGUGGGAGGGGCUCUGUGUACUGUGUAAUAUAUUGUACAGUUGAAAAUUUAUUAUCGUUUAUAUUAAUAGCUAUAUUUGAUAAAUAAAUUAAUUUUAAAUGA